GUCAAAAACGAGUUGACAGAAAGUUUCGAUUAGUUUUGGAGUUCCAUUUCAGACGAAGCUGUUGUCGGUGUUAGCUCGCAAUAAAAAAGUGAAAAUCAUAAGCAGUUGGAAAAUGGCAUUAUUUCGUCGUUUAACGCCUAUAAAAUUCACAGAAACCCCCAAACUUGCCUCGCAAAUAAUCAGGCAGCUCAGUGAUGCUUCUACGGACUUGAAAGCCGUACUAGCUGCGAAAAUACCCAAAGAACAGGAACGUGUUAAGAAUUUUCGAAAAGCCCAUGGAAAUGAUAAAGUUGGAGAGGUUACUGUCGAUAUGAUGUACGGCGGUAUGCGAGGUAUAAAGGCCCUCGUAUGCGAAACCUCCGUACUGGAUCCGGACGAAGGUAUCAGAUUUCGGGGUUUAUCUAUUCCCGAAUGCCAGAAAGUGCUUCCGAAAGCCCCCGGCGGCGAAGAACCUUUACCGGAAGGUCUGUUUUGGCUUUUGAUGACCGGCGACGUACCCACCGAAGCUCAAGUUAAAGCCCUUUCGAAGGAAUGGGCCGAAAGGGCCGAACUACCGUCGCACGUCGUUCAAGUUUUGAAUUCCCUGCCGACGUCGGUGCAUCCCAUGUCCCAAUUAUCGGCCGCCAUUACGGUGUUGAAUAGCGAGAGUAAAUUCGCUAAAGCUUACGCCAGCGGCGUACACAAAUCCAAAUAUUGGGAAUACACCUACGAAGACGCCAUGGACUUGAUAGCGAAAUUGCCGGUAGUGGCUGCGACUAUAUACCGUAACAGCUUCAAAGAUGGUUCCGGUAUCGGCGCCAUCGACACCUCGAAAGAUUGGAGUUACAAUUUUACCACCAUGUUGGGUUACGACGAUCCCCAAUUCAUCGAAUUGAUGAGACUCUAUUUAACCAUACACAGCGAUCACGAAGGUGGUAACGUUUCCGCGCACACCGUACAUUUGAUCGGAUCAGCAUUAAGCGAUCCCUAUUUAUCUUUCGCCGGCGGAAUGAACGGUCUAGCCGGACCCCUGCACGGUUUGGCCAAUCAAGAAGUACUUAUAUGGUUGCAAAAAAUCCGCCAACAAAUAGGCGAUAAAGCUACAGAAGAUCAACUAAAAGAUUUCAUUUGGAAAACGUUGAAAUCCGGACAAGUAGUACCAGGAUACGGUCAUGCAGUAUUGAGGAAAACCGAUCCUCGUUACACUUGCCAAAGGGAAUUCGCUCUGAAACAUUUACCCGAUGAUCCUCUAUUCCAAUUGGUUUCAAAUAUUUACAAAGUCGUUCCUCCAAUCCUCCUCGAGCUUGGUAAAGUGAAGAACCCAUGGCCAAACGUUGACGCUCAUUCCGGUGUACUUUUACAGUAUUAUGGAUUGAAAGAAAUGAACUACUACACGGUAUUGUUCGGUGUAUCUAGAGCUCUUGGUGUUACCGCUUCUCUAAUAUGGGACAGAGCGUUGGGUCUACCUAUCGAAAGACCUAAAUCAAUGUCGACCGACGGUUUAAUGAAACUUUGUAAAGCCAAGUAAGGGAAGCCAUCGUUAAAACAGUUUCGAACAAAAACCCCUCGUACAGUUACUUAAAAUCGUUUAAUAUUUACACCAGUCUACAAAAGUGCCCCACGUAUAGUUACUGUGAUUCCCAGUAGUGUAAAAUGAUACAUUUCCAUUGUAGCAUCUUGUUGCGGCAGUUUUUACUUGUUUAUCAUUUACAACACGAGUAAAAAAGUUUAUAUAGUGAAUUUUUAGAUAUGUGCGAGAGUCAUAGGGCUUCGUAAAGCUCCAAACACCAAAUUUCUAUGGUUUUAUUCGCUUGAAAUCCUUCGAUUAACUUUAAAAUGAUUUCUACGUUGUUAGUUCUUCAUAAAAGGAAGUUAGACUUGCAAGAAUCUAGUAAUUUGUUUCAGUAGUUCAAAUGUCCUGGUACAUUAUCUAUACUUGUCACUUAUAACACAAAUUUUCCAAAUAAAAAGUUUAUAUUGUGGAUUUUUAGAGAUGUUCGAGAGUCAUAGGGAUUCUUAAGGCUGCGAACACCAAAUUUCUAUGGUUUUAUUCGCUUGAAAUCCUUCGAUUAACUUUAAAAUGAUUUCUACGUUGUUAGUUCUUCAUAAAAGGAAGUUAGACUUGCAAGAAUCUAGUAAUUUGUUUCAGUAGUUCAAAUGUCCUGGUACAUUAUCUAUACUUGUCACUUAUAACACAAAUUUUCCAAAUAAAAAGUUUAUAUUGUGGAUUUUUAGAGAUGUUCGAGAGUCAUAGGGAUUCUUAAGGCUGCGAACACCAAAUUUCUAUGGUUUUAUUCGCUUGAAAUCCUUCGAUUAACUUUAAAAUGAUUUCUACGUUGUUAGUUCUUCAUAAAAGGAAGUUAGACUUGCAAGAAUCUAGUAAUUUGUUUCAGUAGUUCAAAUGUCCUGGUACAUUAUCUAUACUUGUCACUUAUAACACAAAUUUUCCAAAUAAAAAGUUUAUAUUGUGGAUUUUUAGAGAUGUUCGAGAGUCAUAGGGAUUCUUAAGGCUGCGAACACCAAAUUUCUAUGGUUUUAUUCGCUUGAAAUCCUUCGAUUAACUUUAAAAUGAUUUCUACGUUGUUAGUUCUUCAUAAAAGGAAGUUAGACUUGCAAGAAUCUAGUAAUUUGUUUCAGUAGUUCAAAUGUCCUGGUACAUUAUCUAUACUUGUCACUUAUAACACAAAUUUUCCAAAUAAAAAGUUUAUAUUGUGGAUUUUUAGAGAUGUUCGAGAGUCAUAGGGAUUCUUAAGGCUGCGAACACCAAAUUUCUAUGGUUUUAUUCGCUUGAAAUCCUUCGAUUAACUUUAAAAUGAUUUCUACGUUGUUAGUUCUUCAUAAAAGGAAGUUAGACUUGCAAGAAUCUAGUAAUUUGUUUCAGUAGUUCAAAUGUCCUGGUACAUUAUCUAUACUUGUCACUUAUAACACAAGUUUUCCAAAAAAAAAAGUUUAUAUUGUGGAUUUUUAGAGAUGUUCGAGAGUCAUAGGGCUUCGUAAAGCUCCAAACACCAAAUUUCUAUGGUUUUAUUCGCUUGAAAUCCUUCGAUUAACUUUAAAAUGAUUUCUACGUUGUUAGUUCUUCAUAAAAGGAAGUUAGACUUGCAAGAAUCUAGUAAUUUGUUUCAGUAGUUCAAAUGUCCCGGUAGAGUGUCUCUACUUGUAACUCAAGUUUUCCGAGUAAAAAGUUUAUAUAGUGGAUUUUUAGAUGUUUGACGAUCUAGGGCUAUGUAAGUUUUUAAAAAUCAAAUUUCGAUUAUUUUUAUCAACUUGUUAUCCUUCGAUAACCUUCAAAAGUCUAGUAAUUUGUUUCAGUAGUUCGAAUGUACCGGUGGAAUUUCAUCACUAAUAGCAGAAGCAUUCCCAGUGGAUUUUUCGUGCCUAUAGUCUUGAAAAUUUUUAAUGACCUUUAAAAAUGUUUCCGAUACUACUAGUUUUUUUUUUUUUCUGAAAAAUCACUAACACUCAUUUCCAAUAUCUCGUUUUAGUAGUUCAUAGUUCAUUUGACUGUUUUCAAUAUCUUGCUUGAGUAGUUAAAAUGUAUCGAUGGAUUUUUAUCAUUCACAACACAAAUAUUCCCAGUAAAUAAGUUGAUUUAUUUGUAUUUGUCAUCCAUUGCAUUUUUAAGUGUUUUUCACUUUGUUGUCCUUAAAAUCCUUCGACUAACCUCAAAAAUUUCUUCUACACCACUAAUUCUGUUUUAAAAAUAACAAACAUUGCAAAUUCCAGUAGUUCAAAUGUAUCGUUGAAUUUUUUCCACUUAUAACACAAAUAUUUCCAGAAAACAAGCGAAUUAAGAUUUUUACGAUUACAGUGUUGCCAACUGUUCACUUAAAAUGAAAUAUUUAUAUGAAUAAAAGAGUGUUUUUUUUGUAGACCAGUGUAUUAUAUCAAACAACGUACAUAUAGUAUAUAAUGAGUGAUGUUUUUAAAACGGUAUUGGGUAACUGUUUAUUUUUUUUUGUUGAUGUUUAGUAUUUUUAUUUAUUUUUAAUUAAUAUUUUUAUUUCAACUUAAUUUAUUUGUUUUUUUUCCUUCUUCUUCCCGUUUCAUUUCAUUUUAUGCGAUCAAAGUAUAUAUAUAAAAAAAAAUUCAGGAUACAUUUUUUUCUGUGUAAUUUUUUGUUUGUUAUCGAAAUUUUUAACUCUCACUGUGUGUAUAUAUAUAUAUAUAUAUAUACGUAUACGGAGAUUUUUUUCUUUUUUACCCUUUUCCUUAGUUUUUUACUAUAAAUUUUCUUAAAGGGUGUCUCAAAUCAAUACAAGGGGUGUUUGUAAAUUUCGAUUGCUCAAAUGAAUAAUUUUAGACACGCCCUGUAUAAAAAUAUAUAAUUUUAUUGCUCACAUGUUUUAUUAUUGUAAAUUUUUUAUGAAAAACUGCUUAUACUGUACGAUUACUGGAUUGUACGAAAAUUAUUUAAAAUGAUUUUUAUUUGAGAUCACCCUGUAUAAUAACGCGUAGAGUCUCUGAUAGAAAAUAGAAAAAAAAAUCGAUUCCCAACUAUUGAAAACUGUAUUUUGCAAAAAAUAUUAUAGUUACCUUUAUGAAAUCCAUAUAUACAGGGUCUACCACGAAGUACGAUAACAUUUUCGAAACCGUUUAUUCAUUUUUCCAAUUCUCCCUAUUUUACUGAUGAUAAGGGAGGUUUUAGAUUUCCCUUCUUAUCCUACCCAAAAUUACGUGUUUUUUUUUGGUACAAAAUUACAAAUUUUGAUUUUUAUACAUUGAAAACCGUGAUAAAAAAAUACCCAAAUAGACAUUAAGAUUGCAGUAUCUUUGUAUAGUUUGAGAACAUUCGGGUAGUUUUGGGGUGGUUAUUCAUUAAAAGAAAGAGAUUUGUAACAAAAAUUGGGAAAAAUUGCAUCGAAGCUUUGAAAAUUUUUCAAAAAAAAAACAAAUAAUUAUCGAAUUAGGUAAUUUUGAAAAUUGUUUUACUCUUUUUUUUGUAAUAAUUCUUGUUGAAUUUUUCAGUAAUUUCCAUUGUUUUAUUCAGAUACAUAGUCAUCAUCAUAAUAUAAAAUUUUUAAUUAAUAUCAGGAUUAGAAAAUAAAAAUUUAGCAUAUUUCACAAAUACCCCUCGUAUACACAAUUCCCCUAUACAAUAGCCGUGGUACACUCUGUAUAUAUAAUUAUCGAAAUUAUUUAUUUUAUUUUAGCGCCAGUUUUAGUUACCCCCCCCCUUCGAAAAAAAAAACAGUGCAAUAUACGAGGGGUGAUUAUUAGUUAAUAUUUACUUUUUUCACAAUUUCGAUCCGUUGGGUAUAUUCGUGUCGGAUUUUUUUUCCAGUGGUUUUCGAUUCGUAGUAGAUUGAUUAUUUUGAUGAUUAAAAUAUUUGUUUUUACUUUUUUUAGAGAGAAUUGUAAAGAGCAGCGCGCCGCUGUUUCGUAGUGUACUUUUCCUGUGUAUUUUUUUUUCUGAUAAGACAAUACUUUUGGUGUAUUUGUUGAAGCUAAUAAAUUAAUUCGUUAGAUCG